AUGCCAUUGCUCUUACCCUCUGCGUUGUACUUCCGUAUCUUGCGGUCUUUCUUGUUUGCCUGUGCACUCAACGUCGCCUGCAACGACGCCUUCGGCUUAUCCUCUGGACGACCGCGCCUUCCGGAUUACUACUUGGUGCAUCCCAUAUCAGGUCAAGAUUAG